AUGCCUGUCAUUGAGGUCGCAGACAUCACGCUAGUUGCUGGAAGCAAUGUUUUCGAUCAAGGUAGCGAGGCAGCUCGUAUCUGGCAGGGAAUGAUCGAUACCAUCUCACAACAAGAGGGCUUCGAGUCUCUCUACUCCGGUUUACAAUAUGAGAAACCAAAUGUCGCUCAAUUAUUCAUAGUUUGGACCGGAUUGGAGUUCAAUGAGAGAUUUCAGGGCCGCCAUAUCUACCGACAGAUGUUGAAGAGUCUCGAGCCGAUUAUGGACGGACCACCACAGCUUCUGCAUCUCAAACUCGAAUCGUGCAACCACCUCGCCUCGGCUCUGACUGCCCCAGUGACUGAGCUCGCAACACUCUAUCUAACAGCUGAGACGUCUUCCUUCUACAGCAACCUGGGCGCGUUUGCGAAGCUUCUUGUCGAUCACGCGCAAGGGUUUUUGGGCGCCUCAUAUUCCUUCAGUAUCGAGAACGUCGAGCACGAGGGUCUCGGCGCAGGUGUGAAGGGCAAAGCUUGCCAGCUCGCCAUUGGAUGGACCAGUAUCUCUGCUCAUCUUGCAUUCAAAGAAACCAAUGCUUUCCGCAAGGGCCUCGAGUAUCUGCAAGAGGCGCGAGGCUCCGAGAUACACCACACGACCUUCCAAACUCACGCCUAA